AUGAGCAAUUCAACUCUUAAUAUCGUUGAUCUAUGCGACGAAAUCUUGCUCAACAUUUUAAACAAACUUAAUAAUCUGGAUGUAUUAUAUUCAUGCAUAGGAGUCAAUAAAAAACUUGACAGAUUAGCUCGAGAUAUUACUUUUACACAGUCUAUCAAUUUAGUAACAACAUUAUCAAAUGAACAUCAUAAUUCAAUACUCGAUAGAUUCUGUCUUUUAAUUUUACAACGAAUUCAACACAAUAUCGAAUAUUUUACUCUUAAUUCAUUAUCAGUAGAUCGUAUUCUUCGUAUUGGAAAUUAUUCGAAACUUCAUAAACUAAGUCUUGUUAAUCUUCCAAUUGAAAUGGCAUGUCAUAUUUUCAAUGUUAAAAUGGUCAUUUUUAUUAUUCACCAAACGCUUAACAAUUUGAAUGAUUGUAUUUGUUUACUUAAUGGACAUCUUAGUCAAUUACAUACACUUAUUGUGGAAAUUGAUUGGAUUAGAAGAACAUCGAUGGCUCUCAAUAACACGGAAAUUGUGUCUAAUUUAAAAUGUUUCUCGUUAAUUUCAUUUCGUGAAACAAUCGAAUAUGAUACUAAAAUUGUUCCAUUGCUUCGUCAUAUGUCAAAAUUAGAAAAACCUACAUUAUCUUUGAUUGUUGAUCGUCGAAACUCAUGCAUUGAUGGCCAUCAUCUAGUUAAUGAUAUUCUUAGUAAAAUGUCACAUCUUCAUACAUUUAUCUUCAAUAUUAUUACCAACAAAGUCAUAAUAGAUGAAGAAUUUUUACCAACUCGUGAUAAUAUUCUAUGUCCACUGAUCGAAAAAGGAUAUAAUGCUGACUGUUAUACUGAUUAUUGUACAAUCAGCAAUGCUCAAUGCCAUAUUUACUCACUUCCAUUUAAUUUGGAAUGCAUGCAUAUGUUUACUAAUAAAUUUCCUGAUGGUUGUGUAUUCGUGAAUGUUCGUCACUUCGCUGCACGUCUUAUUUGGCGUCCAUUCGAACAUGAAUUUUUGCUCAAAUUUCUCGAGCUUUUCCAUUAUUAA